UAUAUUUAUUGACGCUUACACUUGCCUAUCCCAAUCGACAGGACUUUGAUUUUGUUGUCGGUUUCGGCCUCCCAGAGAAUGGCAAGCAGUUCGCGGCAAUAGCACCUGCUCUGUCUGAGCUCUCUGCACAAUCUUGAAGCAAAGAACCGCACCAGAGCAUGUUCUUGGCCCUAAAGCUCCUCGUUGUCCUGGGAAUACUCUCCUAUGGCGUCGCCACGGUCCUGACCAGCGACCACUUGACCCUCGCAGGGUUUCAGGCCCCUCUGAACCAUUUUCUGCGAGGAGGACGCUUGUACCCCGCUACCGCCUCCAAACCCUCGCCUUCCACCUCGGGCACGGACCCCCACCACCUCCCUCACCACCAGCCUCCAGAUGGGGGCAUGAACUUGCUCCGCAGGCCGUGGCCAUGGCAGGUGGACUCUUCGGUCCACACCCCACCCGGGGCCCUCAAGGCGUUGACCCGACGUCGACAACAGCCCACGGGGGCAACGACAAGUUUUUUCGAGUACUGGGGUGAUUCCAAACUGAUCACCACCGUGGACGGCUUGAGGACACGGCACGGACAAGGCAGCUUUUGGGGUGACCUCAACCACGUCGAGACGCGCUACGUCUACCACCAGCUCCUGCCCCGGCACUUGCUGCAGGAUGCGCAAGCUCACCCGGAUGCCUUGGCCGUUGAAGACCUCGCACGUUUGGCCUCCACUGCACGUCACGCGGCCCGCCUAUACGCCCGGGAAAGAAGCUCUUUGCCGCUCCGUCUGGCAGCAGGGCUCUACGACGGUUUCCGGCACCUCUCCACCUUUGGUCGAUGGUCCUGGACGGGCAUGUCCUACGAAGAAGUCUGGUGCAAGUACGAAUCGAAGAUCCAGAAGGAGCUGGCAGAGGAAGGGAGGGCGGGGCAAGUGGGUCAGGAGGAAUUGAACCGGAUGGUAGCUUUCCGAAUACUGGAGAAGUCGUGCGAGACGAAUUCUGGCUUCGACCGCUUUGCGCAAGUGGAACGUGCCCACGACAUCCUCUUGGCGGCGGCGGCCCGGAAGGAAGGGAGGAAGGGGGGGAGGAAGAGGGAGGAGGCUUGGGAAGAGGCAGCUAGGAAACGGCGGAAAAAGUUACUGGCUGACUUUGCGGCCGGGCAGGUCCCGGCGUUGGAUGGCGCCGAGGAGAAGGAGAAAGGGAAAGGGAGGAGGAAGGAGGGUCUCUGGAAAGACAAAGGGAGUGCGUUGCUGCCAUUGUUGAAGCACUUCGAAAAUCUUGGGAGGGCGGUACCUCCGUUGACCUGAAACGGCGCAGGCAGGUGCAGUAAAAAACUAGGGCGAGAGCGUGGAGGGUACAGAGCUCCAUAUACAUAGGGUACUAUAGAUUGAAACAGUCAGGGCGUGGGUCGAGGGAAGAAGCGAAGACGCUGUAGAGUUUUGUCAGCUACAGCUGCCGAGCAAGGGGAAGGGGGGACGGAAGAGGGCUUUUUGAGACCACCAGUUUUUCGCGCAUUUUUUGGGAGGGAAGUGAGCAGGAUGUUUGAAUUUGCGAUGUGGCGUUCGUUGAGAAGAAAAUAGAGGGAAGCCUGCGAGGGGAAGGACGUUAAGUAGAGCCACCACCAUUCGCGGUCUAUGUCCCCCUCCUUUCCACAUGACCCGUUGCCUUUGGUGGUACACGGCUCUCCCCCCCUGGUUCUGAGGAGAAGAUCGCAACGGUGAUGGUCCCUCUGCGUUGACAGGUUUUUGGCCGGCGCGACCUUGGGGAGUGGGCAAGUGGGGGGGUUAUUCUGACAGGGGAAAAGAGCGGAGGUGAAAAUUUUAAGCUUUUGUUCGGAGGCAAGCAAAGCAGUCUACACGAGAGUACUCGAUGAUAUGAUGAUGCAAUUUUACGGGAGGAGCGCACCCUCGGAAGAGGGACAAUUUCCGCAGGAAGUAGAAAGGACUAUAUGGAAGACAAAGAACAGGUCGAGGCGCAAAGAGCAUGAUUGUACGGCACACCCCCACAGAAGGGGUAUGCCGGAGCCGCUGCCACGGUCGCAGGGUCAGGAAUAUGAGCAACUAAGUUGAAAAGCACGCAAAAGCGAAUGAUAAAAAACAUGAUUUGAUGCGAGGCGGGGUUUUCUAGCCUGUGUGCUGACUCGAUUGAGAUCAGCAGUUGAAAGGGUAGGUGGGCAGACGAGUGUGGAACAUACUUUACCAUAGCAAUGCGUUGAAAUAUCUACUCAAGCGCCGCUCCUAAUUCUUGGCGAGGGGAAUAUUUUCUUGCUCUUUUUACGGGCCGCUGGCGUGCGUCGUCAGUGGUGCAGAAGGGAGGAUGGAGUGUUUUCUUCAAGGGAGAGGAGUCGGGGGGAAAUCUUGAAGGCAAGAGGAAUGACCGAUGAGGACCAGAUAUGUUCGGACGUGUGAGAAAAAAAUGUAGGAAAUUUAAUCGGUGCGCAUGACUUGAAUAACGCGAACCGAGUGAAAGGAAAAUAUGACACACCGUUUGGUGCUUAUCCGAUAGGAAAAUAUGAC